CUUCAUUUCAGCCAGUGUACUGGGGGCUGUCAUAUAACUCGGUGUGGCUGUUGGUUUUGGUUUUGUUUGACUGUUUAACACUUGACUGUGUUAAACUAAAUAGUUGUGUGGUGGUUUUCUUGGGAUUUGUUUGUUAUUAUUAUUUUAUAUAAUAAGUUACUUCGCUCUGUGGUAAUUCCUAUUUUAUUCCGGGGGGGAAUUCUUCAACAUUUUAUUCUCUUGCUACUCGUGGGUGUUGUUCGUUUUACUUCGUGUUCCUCUCUCUCUCGUUCUACGAAAAACUCGGCACAAGUACUUCUCUCUACUCGACACAUUUCGGGAAACAUUUCACUAAACAACACAAAAGAAAUACUCUCUGCCAAGUACCGCACGUCAUCAUAAUCUCAACACCUUGGACUGAAGAUCUUUCUGUCGAUUGUCUCCUUCUCUCCCGAUCCUCGGAACCGGUUUAAAAUCGUCGUUUUAGAGUCGUAUCUUAUUAUUAGAUUUUGUGUGUCGUGUGCUGGAACUGAGGCAACACAUCGCCAACUCUCUCUCGAAUAGUGACUCAAAAUUUAAAAAUUCGCACCAUCAACGUCGUAACGGAACUUUAUUAUAAUAUUUAAUCGACCACCCCUUUCCCCCCGUUAAAACCCCCCCCUCAAAAAACAACAAACAAAUUAGCCAACUAUUACUCUGCAAGAUAAUAAUCUCUACGCCAUGGCGACGACGUAUUUGAGCGUGGUUCAUUUGGCCACAGCCGGUCUGAAUGGUCCUCUACUCGGUUCUGACGAAGAAGAAAUCGUUUUCAUCUGUCUGGUCGUUGUCAACAUGCAGACCAACCAGGUGGUGACCGUGCAAGACUACUGGGUUAAACCACGUUCGGCUGAUAUCAACGAGAAUGUCCUUUCGGAGCAAGCCAGAGAAGAAAUGGGUCUCUCCGAGGAACUCAUCCGUACCAAAGGCAACUCGCUGGAACAAGUCCUUUCUCAGGUGGACAGUUUUCUGCAGAAAUUGUCGACCGAAGUGGAGCAUAAGCCGCCCACGGGCCAGCCAACGAAUAUCGUGAUCGUGACCGACGGCCAACUCCCUUUACGCCAGUGCCUAUUGCCCGAGACGUGCUCCAAAGGCAUCAACGAUCCUCCGGCCGUUUUCGGCAUCUUUUACGACUUGCGCAAAGAGUUCCGAAAAGGAUUCCCGAACGCGCCCGAAAUCAACUCGAUUCAAGACAUGAUCAACUAUCUGAAUUUGGAGCCGGAAGAAUCAGCUGGUGUAGUUCAGCAGAAUGCCACGAGGAGAGAGGCGCAAGAUAUGGGUCGAAUUCUCCAACGACUUUUGAAAGAAGGUCACAAGUUCGAGAACCCAGAGACGAUCCAUUUGCGACUCGAACCUGGCAUUUGUUCCAAGGAUGAAGAGGUAGACAGUAACACAGUCGUACGAGCACGUGGUCUACCUUGGCAGUCAUCGGAUCAGGAUAUCGCUCGAUUCUUUCGCGGUCUCAACGUUGCUAGGGGCGGAGUGGCGCUCUGCUUGAGCCCUCAAGGAAGACGGAACGGCGAAGCUCUCGUCCGAUUCAUUUCGCCAGAGCAUCGCGACAUGGCUCUCAAACGGCACAAGCAUCACAUCGGACAGCGAUACAUCGAAGUCUACAAAGCCACCGGCGAGGACUUUAUCGAUGUCGCUGGAGGUAGCAACAACGAAGCGCAAAACUUUUUAUCGAGAAGUGGACAAGUGAUCGUACGCAUGCGUGGAUUACCUUACGAUUGCACGGCAAAACAAGUUGUGGAAUUUUUCGAAUCCGGUGGCGAAGACGUCGGCUCUACUGUGCUGGACGGAGAUUCUGGCGUUUUGUUUGUCAAGAAACAUGACGGACGGGCAACGGGUGAUGCCUUUGUCAUGUUUGCUACAGAAGAGGAGGGCUCCAAAGCAUUGGCUAAGCAUCGUGACAUAAUCGGCUCCCGCUAUAUUGAACUCUUCCGGUCGACGACAGCGGAAGUCCAGCAGGUUCUAAACCGGUCCAUGGAUCCCCGCACGUACGAAACGCAAGCGCCGUUGAUUCCGCAACUGCCGCAGAUGCCUCUCCUCCCACAAAACAUGAUUACGUCUGGCACACGCAAGGAUUGCAUCCGUCUGCGUGGCUUGCCCUACGAGGCCCAAGUGGAACAUAUCCUCGAGUUCCUGGGCGAACACGCCAAGAGCAUCGUCUACCAGGGAGUUCACAUGGUCUACAAUGCACAGGGUCAACCUUCUGGCGAAGCUUUCAUCCAGAUGGACUCGGAGCAAAGUUCAUUCCAGGCGGCCCAACAGCGCCAUCACCGCUACAUGGUGUUCGGCAAGAAGCAGCGCUACAUCGAGGUGUUCCAGUGCUCUGGCGAGGACAUGCACGUCGUACUGACCGGCGGCCUGGCCCUGCCGUCGACUCCGGCCACUCCAAAGGCUCUGCUCUCUCCUGGUAUGUUGCCCUGGGACCAGCUCAACAGUGUUGCGGCUGCGGCCGCUGCUUCUCCUUUGAGUAACACUCAGGCCCAGCUCCUGCAAGCCCAAGCCCAGGUUCAGGCGCAAGCUAUGCAGGAGCAGGUCCAGGCACAGGCUCAGGCUGCUCAGAUUCAAUCAGUCCAGGCUCAGUUGGCCGCACUCAAACAGCAACAUGAGGGACUCUGGCUCAUGGGUUUGGUUCCUCCACCCUCACCUGCCACUUCCAAUCCUUCACUUAGCCGGCCUCCGCCUACCCCAUCCACCUAUACGCUCUCUUCUCGCCAUUCUAAUCCCAAUUCCGUCGAUCGCCAGCACCGGCCGUCUGCCGGGCCCGUUCAAUCGCAGCAGCAGCCACCGCCUUCUGGCUUGGGUCUCCUCGGUCAAGGUGGCGUUCGAUCGGCUCAUUUUAUGCCCGGCUCUGCUCAGUCGGGUUUCUCUCAUCUCGGGUUUGGAAUGGGUGGUCUGGGAAUGCCCGGCCUGGGAAUGGGCAACUUAACAGUUCAGCAAGAGCUGGCUUUGCAACAGUUGCCGAUGCUUUCUGCUAACUUUCCUGGCCUCAAUUUCGGUCCGGCUGGCGUCACUAGUAACGGGGCCGGCAGCAGUGCUGGACCGGCAACUCCAACGGCUCUAAAUCCCCACCAUCCACUGUUCCUGUUGGGUCUCCAGCACGGCAAUAAUCAACUUGCACGAAACAAUCAAGCCGGAUUAGCCAAUGCCCUUCAGGCGGCUAAAGCGGCCAACUCAUUUUUCCCUAACGUGUCGGCACAGCCGGCCUCGGCUCAGUUGGGUGGCGGAUUUAAGCGUUCGUGGGAAGCUGCUUUCCAGCAACAGCAACAGCACGCCGACGCCUCUCAAGCCAUGGCGGUAGCCGCCAUGGCAGCGGCGGCAGCGGCCAAAAGACAGUGGCCGCCACAUUUGGGCGGCGCCCCCGGGUCCGGUGCUGGCUCCUCCUCUUCUCUCACCUUUCCUUCAUCCAUUUACCCUGCUUUGUAGUUUAUGGGUCAUGUUUUGAUUGAUUCCCCUCGUCGUGUACUUAUAUAUAGACGUGGGAUUCUUUUUUUUCUGUUGUUUCUGACAUUGCGCACCCCAUUUUCCUGAUUUCUUAUUUGCGUUUCGUUGAAUAUUGGCAAAAACCUGGAGACUUAAUUUCGUAGUUGGUCAAUCAAAAAACCAAACACACAAAAGGGACAUGUAUAAUUUUUUUUUUUGCGAGUCUGGUUACCGUUGAUUUUGCAUGCCGGGCUUUAUCCAGUUGACACUGUUGUUGAUUCUCUCUCUCUUUCUUUAGUCCCGUGGCCUUAUAAAUCACUCAUCUACCAUUUCCUUAUUCCUCACCCCCUCUACUUGACUGUCGUACAACAUUCCACAUUUUUUUUUUCGUUGGCUUGACCUCUAAUGGCCUUAUUUCAAAAGAUCGUAUGGUAGUGAUUUUUUCAAUUCAAAUUAAUUAAUGUCUUUAAAAAAAACGUUCCAUUAAUCCCGAAAUUCUUGCCUUGCAAAUUUGGUUUAUUUUCCUUUUCAAUCGCGGUCGCUUUUUAGAUUUAUCCCUUACCGCAGAGACGUAAAUGCCCUUGUCGAAUUAAAUGUACUAGUUUAUUUCACAUAGCUCUCUUUUUUUUCGAUUUGAAGCUGCGUUAAAAUUUUUUUUUUCGUUUGAUUAUCUUUAAAAAUAAUUGUGUGAAGUCAAAGUGGAGUCCUUUAUUUCCUUUUUUUAACCCACGCGCGUCCAGCUUGCCAAGUAUAUCGAUACUAAUGUCGAUGAUGAUGACGAUUGAUGGGUUGAUGCAGUGUGUUUCCAUAUCAAGUGGCCCUAUCUAUCCUCUUUUUCUCCCCCCGAAAAGAAAAUUGAACUAACCUUUAUUCUAUGUGGUCUUAUUUCUGUGCCCGUUUUUCUCAUUUCACUCUCUCGCUCUCUCCAAAUGCUUCGAUUUUUCGUGACUCAAAUUUACCAAAAAAUACGGACAUUUACGCACAAACACGAGAUACACCAACACAUUAUUUGUCCACCCUUAAAAAAACAAAAAAAGGUGCUGGCUAUUUUUUAAGAAAAAAAAAUACAGUCAAACAAAACACACUGAAAAAACAAAGUUUGGGAGGGCGGAGAGGGAAGCAAAAUUCUGUUUGUUUUUCCCCACUUUUUUUUUGUUACCUAUUGUGUUUUCUCUCCUUUUUUCCUUAUUCCUUGACGUGGCCUUCUUUUUUAUAUAGAUCUAUGGGAUCCAAAGAGAAACCACGGCGUGUAUGGCUUGCUAUUAUUAUAAUCAGUCUCUCUAUUAAACCAGAUACAAUCAUCAUAACACUUCCUUUUUUUCUUCCCCUCCCCCCUUUUCAAUUUAUAAUACACUGUUUUUUUUUUGUUUAGCGCACUUGAUACGUAUUGAGACUUAAUCAGUGGCUGUAGGGUUCUCUCAAACUGGUGUAUCCUGGGUUCCCCCUCUCCCGUGCAAAACUCAACAAACAAACUCAUCUUUUUUUACCCCCCUCUUUGAUUCGCGGAUAAUUUUAGUAUUUGAGUGGUUCCGCUUUUUUAUUUAUUUUUGACUGGGGGUCGUACAUUUUUAGUUGGAAGGCAAAAAUUCUCCUUAUCUUAUUAUUCGUUUGUCUCUGGAUAUUGCACACUGCGUUAUUCGUUGGUUUAAUUUGUUUAAAACAUUUUUUUUAAUUUCCGUGUUUUGCUGGGUGGUCCGAAAGCCUCGCUCUUUAUAUUUGUAUCAUUCUGGAAUCUUGAUCUAAUCCCCCAAAUUGGUGUUUCGCCCCCCCCCCCCCCCCCCCACAUUUGAAUUCGAUUCGUGUAGUUUUCUGGCAAUCGAAUUUGAAUCUGAUUUCCAUUUAGACCGAAAAAGACAUUUAUUCAAAAAAAUAACAGCCAAAAAAGCAUGACAUUUCCCCCCUACCCAAUUCUUUCCUAUUGGCUUUGUGAACUUAAAAAAACAAACAAACAAAUUGUUUACGGUAAUUUGUAUUUCAGUUUUUAGUUUACAUUACUUCAUAGCUUGAACUCAACAAUUCAAAGUUGGUGCCUUGGUUGUUCUGCCAUCCGCUUUAGCUGUCACUUUUACACACAAAAAAAAACCGUCCACUCGGAUGGCGGAUUGGGAUUCAGCUUUUGUAUUCGCGUUGCUGACGAUUCUCUUUUUUGCAUUUCGUAAAAUUCGGUUGUCCUAUUAUUUUGCCCAUCGUAAAACAGGGGCGGGUUGGGGGGGUUGUCCCAAAGGUUCGUAAAACUCAACCCAGACACACACACACACACCCAUACAUACUGACACGUCAUUUCGUUUUACCCAGUCGUCUGCCGAUCAAAACAAAAAAAGUUUAAA